AUGGAGGCGCCUUGGCGCCAGGGCGGCCGGGGCCGGGGCCGCGCCAGGCCCGGGGACGGGGUCGCCGCCCGCGCUGGGGUGGCUGCCCGGCCCCCGGCCCCGAAGGCCCGUGGCGGUGCCUGCGUUUCGGCCGCGGAGACCUGCGGCGAGAGGGCCAGCGGUGAGUGUCAAUUAUCUUCACAGAGGAAAUUUGAUGAAAUUAAGAAGGCUAAUCAGGCUGCAGCAAAAAAGCUAGUUGAAGACCAAUUUAGCUCCUCGUCUGAAGAUGAUGAUGAAAAUGCUGAAGUAAAACAAGGAAAGAUUUUGGCCAAAACAUUUACCAUUUACACCAGCCAAACUGAUGGAGAUGCAAGUGAACUGGAACGUACAAGACAGUACAUGAAUGAAGCUUUUCAGUCAGGGGCUAUGACAUGUCUGAUCUGCAUUGCUUCAGUUAAAAGGAACCAAGCUGUCUGGAGCUGUUGUGGAUGCUUUUGUAUAUUUCACCUGGUGUGUAUCCAAAAGUGGGCCAAGGACAGCCUUUUCCUUGUGUCUUCUCCUUUGACAGAUGAUGAUUUUGGGAAGAAAGAUUAUCCCUGGCCAUGUCCAAAAUGUAGGUUUGAAUACAAACGGUCUGAAACUCCCAGCAGGUAUUACUGUUACUGUGGAAAAGUGGAGAAUCCAACACUGGACCCAUGGCUGGUACCUCACUCCUGUGGGCAGAUAUGUGAGAAGGAAUUCAAACCUUCUUGUGGUCAUAAAUGUUUGCUGCUUUGUCAUCCAGGACCCUGUCCACCUUGCCCAAAGAUGGUCACAACAACCUGUCACUGUAAGAAAGCUAAACCAGUGCCCCGAAGGUGCAGUGCCAAGGAAUGGUCGUGUUGCCUGCCGUGUGGACGAACAUUGCUGUGUGGACAACACACUUGUGAGAAUUCCUGUCACGCAGGAGAUUGUCAGCCUUGUCCCCGAGUCAGUAAACAACAGUGCAUCUGUGGAAGACAGACAGCAGAAAGACUUUGUGCAAGUCCUCGGUGGCAGUGUGAUCAGGUGUGUGGGAAACCUUUGCCUUGUGGUAAUCACACAUGUGAACAAGUUUGUCAUGCUGGUCCCUGUGGAGACUGUCCUCGUUCUGGGAAGAGGUCCUGUCCAUGUGAAAAAUCAAAGUUCACAUUGCCUUGUACAGAAGAUGUGCCCACCUGUGGCGAUAGCUGUGACAAAGUUCUGGAAUGUGGCAUCCAUAAAUGUUCACAGCGCUGUCAUCGAGGUCCCUGUGAAAUAUGCAGACAGGAAGUUGAAAAGCAGUGUCGCUGUGGAAAGCACACUAAACGCAUGCCAUGUCAUAAGCCAUAUCUGUGUGAAACAAAGUGUACUAAAAUUCGUGAUUGCCAAAAGCACCAAUGUAGGAGAAAGUGCUGUUCUGGAAACUGUCCACCUUGUGAUCAAGUCUGUGGGCGGACUCUAGGCUGCAGAAACCACAAAUGUCCUUCAGGCUGCCACAGAGGUAGUUGUAAUCCGUGUCCAGAGACUGUAGAUGUGAAAUGCAAUUGUGGAAAAACUGUCAUUAAAGUGCCCUGUGGCAGAGAGCGCACCAUCAAACCUCCCAAAUGCAAACAGCUGUGCAGUCGACCACCUACCUGUCACCACUCUACCCAGGAGAAACACUAUUGUCACUUUGGUCGGUGUCCUCCGUGUCGUCAGUCCUGCCAGAAAACAUUAAUGUGUGGUCAUUUGUGCCCUGUUCCCUGCCACGAUGAAGCACUUGUGAAGCAAACUGGCUUACAUCAGUCUGCAGGUCCUUGGGAACAGCCAUCUGAGCCAGCUUUUAUUCAAACUGCAUUACCAUGCCCUCCCUGUGAGGUUCCUAUACCAGUGGAGUGUCUUGGGCAGCAUGAGGUUAGUCCAUUACCAUGUCACUCUGCAAAUCCCUACUCAUGUAAAAGAUUUUGUGGGCGGCUUCUUGAUUGUCAGAAUCACACCUGUAUGAAAGAAUGUCAUCACGUUACUAAAUUGAACAGUAGUGCAGAUGGAAAGAAGGCAGGUCCAGAAUGUUCGCAGUGUGAAGAGGAGUGUACGAAGCCCCGGCCAUCUGGCUGUCCUCACCGUUGUGUUUUGCCCUGUCAUCCUGGGGAUUGCCCAUCAUGUCUCCAGAUGCUUAAAAUAAAGUGUCACUGCAAACUAUCAAUACUGUAUAUUGAAUGCUUAAAACUGACAUGUGCUGAUUUAAAAGCAAAGGAACUGCUUAUUUCCUGCAAAAAUCAGUGUCCAAAAGAGUUGCCCUGUGGUCACCGAUGUAAAGAGAUUUGCCAUUCAGGCAGCUGUCCUCUGAACUGCAGUCAGAAGGUUAAACUCCGAUGUCUCUGUAAGAGACUGAAAAAGGAAAUACAGUGCAGCAAGAUACAAGAAGGCCAAGUUUCACUGGAAUGCGAUGCAUUAUGCAAGGAAAUGAAACAGAAAGCAUCUGAGAUAAAAGAGGCAGAAGCCAAAGCUGCUAUUGAAGAAGAGAAACGAAGACAACAGGCUGAACUGGAAGCUUUUGAAAACAGAUUAAAAGGGCGAAGAAAGAAUAAGAGAAGAAAGGAUGAAGUAGAAGUUGAACAAUCAUCAUGGCAAAAAUACAAGAACCUCAUAAUGCUGCCAGUGUUCGGAGUUGCUGUUGUGAUGGUUGCAUGGCUCAUGGUCUACAAUGACUGAAACAGCUCAAUAUUUAACAUACCUCAGUUGGGCUUUAGGUAGCUAUUAUUCCUAGAAUGUUAGUCUGUGUGUAACAGAACUUAAUAUGCAUAGAUUAUGUAUGUAUACUAUUUGCCAAGAAAAGUGCAGAGGAGGGAAGAAAUGUCACCUUUUGUGUUAUUACGUUCACAGCACAAAACUGAAUUCAGACACUGAAAGUAAUAGUAGGUUGUAGUCUACACUGAAGUACUGAUGUAAUUCGUCUGACUGAGAUCCGUUAACAUCUCUUCUGUUAAUGUAUUGUGUUACUUUUCCUUGUCUCCAUUUCGUAAUAUUAAAAAUAGCUUAGUAUAAAAUGGUUUAUUGAAUAUCUCUUUCCUGUAAAAUCAAUUUAGUGGUUUAUUGAAGAUUAGUACUCUUAUGCUUGUCUUUAUGUUGUAUCACACAAUAAUUCAUGUCAGUUUUAAUUAUAACAACUAACGGGGAACUUCAGAUCACUUAGGCUUGAAUAUUCUGGGGCCUCAUGUCAGAACUCUGUUCAGAGAAGGGAAAUGUGAACUGUCUUUUCAAGUCAACUGUAUCACAAAAAAUAAAAUGGGCCCCCUUACAGAC